AUGUCAUCUCACAAAUCACAGCAACAACAAGGUCUUGUUGAUGAUGAUGAUGAACACUAUUGCCACCAUUACAUAUUUUCUCAACUCCCAAUCGAGCUCGUUCUCGAUCAUGUCUGUCCUUUCUUUUCCGACAAUGGUCUUUUACUUUAUUUUAGAUCCAUUAACAAAUUAUUUGAUCAGGUCAUUACGAGAUUGCACGUGAAAACACUCAUGAUCAGGAAUCAUUUUCCAUAUCUUUUGAUUCCUCCUAUUGAAUCGUUUUUUGAAUUGAUUCGCAAGCUUGAAAAAUUAGAAUAUAUUUUAACAUCAUCAUUGCAAAUCAAUUAUUAUCAAUGUCCUUUAAAAGAUUAUUUGGAACAAAUUUGUGAAAUGUGUCCAAAUUUGAAGAAAAUUGAACCAGCUCUGUUUCACACCUAUCAAUUAGACAUGAAUGUGGUGAACAAGUAUUGCAAGAAUUAUGAAGAAAUUGAUUCGAAGAACACGCAAUCACUUCAAACGAUGGUGGAUGAGCAUUCGAAUCGCUUUUCAAUUUUCAACUUGCAUCAAUGUGAAAAAAUAGACUUCAUUCACAAACUUCAUCAUGUUUCGACUGUGAAUCUCGAAGAUUUGGAAGAAGAUUUCACAAUUCCAAUUCAAGAUUGGUUCGAUCAUGUCAAUCAGGAAUUGAAAUUUCGAAUUUCACACAAUGCUUCUAUUCUUGGAAAACUCGAGAGUUAUACUCACUCCAAAGAGUCUCUUUUCAUGUCAGAAACAGAACAAACACCAUGCUCCUAUCCAGAACAUGUUCUGAUUCAUGCCAAUUAUGAAUAUGGUUCUUUUUUGAAUCGACAUUUACCAACAACACUUGAAGAAGAAAUGGAUGAUGAUGAAACAUCUUCAAACACCAUUUUACUCAUUCAUCCAAAUAUUUACUUUUCUCUUACCACUCAUAAUAUAAGGAAAAUGAAAAUGGAAAUUUUGAGACAAUGCAAAACGAUACGUGUCUCUGAUUCCUAUCAUGCUCACCAAAUGAUGAAUCAAGAUUUGAAAUUUCUUCUCCAAAAUGCUCCUCAAUUGGAAGAACUUGAUUUGAGUGCCUUAACUGUGGAAUGGUUUGAACCAAGACAACAAAUCACUUCAGAAGAGAUGAAUUCCUCUUCUUGUCAAACAAAAUUAUUGCCAAAAAAGAAAGUCAUGAUUCAGAGUCCUUUUUUGAAACAAAAUUUAGAAUUAGCCAUUCACUAUCGAAACCAAUUGGUGGAAUUUAUGAUACAUUGUUUUACCUUGCAAAGAGUUCGAAUUGCCAUUCCUUUUACUGUAUUGGUACAUUGUGGAAAAUUCUUGAGAGAAAGUUUGUGUCAUGAAAAGUUGGAUCGAUACAUUCAUUUGGAUUGGGUUCCACGAAAUGAGUUUUAUGCUGUGGUGAAUUCAGAGAGUUCACAACCUCAUAUGUUGUUAAAGAGAAGAACUCGUUAG